GUCUCGUUCGGUUCUCCUUGCAGAGAUCAGCUCCGGAGUGGCCCCGCGGUCAAUGUCUCUGUAUCACAACCGGCCGAGAUUGGGAGUCCCAUACUGUAGUGCGGCGCACAAUUGGCCCAGCGUCAUCCAGUUUAGGAUUUAGCCAGGGUAGGCGGUCAUUGUAAAUACGAAUGUGUUCUUAACUGGUAUCCCUAGUUCAAUAAAAACACGGCAGGUGUAUAAAUACAACCAAUUAGCAAGUCGUACAUUUCCGAGUUCUGACUAGCACGUGAAACUAGCAAUAGUUUCACUUCUACUAGAAGUACUGUUGAGCAAUCAUCGAGAGGGAAGCAUGCUCCAGGCUUUAUGCUUGUGGGACAUUUUCGAUUGUAGUUAAUCAAGCUGCCUCAUUCAACGAUUUAGCAAAUCAAAAAAGUCUGAGUUUUCUAGUUCCGACUACUAUUUGAACGCAGCAAUAGACUUCGGCUGCUGAACUUUGACUGGCUUCAAGAAGAAAACGAACAAAAACGUCACAAAAUGUUGUUAUAUGCAUGAACUGUUUCGAGAGGGAAGCAUGCUACAGGUUUUAUGCUUGAUGACGACAAGCCACAUCCUACCUUCCUGUGCAUGCUUGAUAAAAUCUCUUCUGUGGAGAUUUGGUUCCAAAUAUUGAUUCCUCCAGCAGACCUGACCUUUAGUGUGAAGUUCGGAAAAGGACAGCAAACAAAGACUGCAAUCAAUGUUCCAGCCUUUAAGAAUACUGGUAUGAUGAAAACCCCGGCAAACUCAAACAUACAAUAAAGACACAUUAGAUAGUAUAUCAUAUUGAAGUGGAGGGAAACACCAUACUAAUACUUCUGGAUCCCAGUCUACAAAAUAAGUUCUGACUUCUAUCAUGGAGGUGUCCCAUAUGAACAAUAGUAGUCAUCACACCUGGUGGAAAGAGAUGCCAUGGGGCGACACAGACGAGUGCCCCACCUCCAUGAGUGGCACAACAUUCCUGAUAGUUGCCUACAGCGCACUGAUUGGGGUGGGCCUUAUCGGUAACAUCUGCCUGGUGUUUGUCAUCACACGGCAGAAGGAGAUGAGGAAUGUCACCAACAUAUUCAUCGCCAACCUGUCAAUUUCUGACAUCCUCAUGUGCAUCGUGUGCCUGCCGGUCACCAUCAUCUACACCCUAAUGGAUCGCUGGAUCUUGGGGGAGGCACUCUGUAAGGUCACACCCUUUGUCCAGUGCAUCUCUGUCACAGUCUCUGUCUUCUCCCUGGUCCUCAUAGCCAUGGAGCGCCACCAACUCAUCAUCCACCCCACUGGAUGGAAGCCUGUUGUGGGCCACUCCUACCUGGCUGUAGCCAUCACUUGGAUGGUGGCCUGCUUCAUCUCUCUGCCUUUCUUCUCCUUCAACGUUCUCACCAACAGUCCUUUCCAGAACAUUAGCCUCCCCUUCAAUCCCUUCACUGACCACUUCAUCUGUAUGGAGCGGUGGCCCUCAGAGCACAAACGACUGGCCUACACCACCUGCCUGCUGCUCUUCCAGUACUUCCUUCCCCUCAUCCUCAUCCUGGUCUGCUACUUGCGCAUCUUCCUGCGUCUCAGACAGAGAAAAUACAUGGUGGAGCGAACCAGGGACAACCGCCAGAAGAAGGCCAGGGGGUCAAAGAGGAUCAAUGCCAUGUUGGCCUCCAUCGUGGCAGUGUUUGCCCUCUGCUGGCUCCCGCUCAACAUCUUCAACACCGUGUUUGACUGGAAUCACCAGGCCAUCCCAUCCUGCCAGCAUGACAUCAUCUUCUCUGCCUGCCACCUCACAGCCAUGGCCUCUACUUGUGUCAACCCCAUCAUCUAUGGCUUUCUCAACAGUAACUUCCAGAAAGAGCUCAAAUCUACCCUAUACCGCUGCCGCUGCUGGGGGGCACCAGAGAGUUAUGAGAGCUUCCCUCUCUCUAUUGUCAGCACAGAAGUCACUAAGGGGUCGAUCUUGAGCAAAGGAUCGAUCAGCAUGAAUGUAUAGUCCCAACCCAUUCAGAUAGGGAGAGCGAAAGUAUAGAACUUGUCAUUGUCUUGACCAUGCAUUGAAGGUUGUCUUGCUGAGAUUUUUGCUGGAGCAAGGGUUGACAGGGGUUGUUCAAAUGAUUCACAUGUCAAUGUUUUUUGUUUCUUAGCAAUCAAUGGUUGACUUCUUCAGUGGGAAUGGAGAGAAACGUGAAAGUAAGAACACUGCCCCAACAGUCAUUUUACAGUGUUGUCAAUUAGGUAUGUGUUUUUACACCUUAGAGGAAGUCUGAUUUUAUGACGGUGCAAAGGUCUUCUUCACUGCAAGCACUGGAGUAAAAGGUGUGCUUAACACCAACAUAAUAUUGCAAUGUAUUAUUUGGGUCUCUACAGAGCAGUAAUAUUCAAAGUUGGGGUGGGGUCGCGGGAUUUAAAAAAAAAAUGCAACAAAUGUACAAUUAAUUUAUAGGACAAAAUGUAUGCAUGCAUGAAUGUAAGUCGCUUUGGAUAAAAGCACCUGCUAAAUGGAAUAUAUAUAUAUAUAUAUAUAAAAACAUUUUUUGAGAAAGAUGAUUUGAAAAAUCAUAUUGAAUUGAGUUAAUGUAUUUAUUGAUUCUCUUAAUUUUGAUAAGAGAGAUGGAAGUUAAUUGAAAGUUAUUUGUUGAUGUGAAAAUAGAAAUUUACCUAUUUUUAUUUAAAAAAUAUAUAUUUUUAUUUUUUUAAACAUUUUAAGGCUGUAAUUAGAUUUGAGGUGUGGGGUCGCAGAAAUUCUGGCCAAAAAAAAGUGUUCCUGCUUGAAAGGUUUGAGUACCACAGCUAUAGAGUGUAGCCAAAUGUGUUGUCAUGAUAGUCAAACUUGCAUGGCAGCACAAAAGUCUUUAAAAUUGACUAUAAUUGAAGGACUUUUAAAUUGACCUUCAACUCCUCUUGGGUUCCACUCACAAAGUCAUGUUUGAAUAAUGUGAGAUUUUCAGAUGGUCCUUUUAUCACAUUUUACUCCUGUUAAUCCUGGAUCAUGGAUGGCUACUGCUAUAAUUGUGUUUUUAUAGAAUUCGCUAUCCUUUCAACCCUCCUUUGUGCAAUUCCUUCCCUCAUGCAGAGACUCAUGGUAUAUGCAUGUUAAGGGAUGCCAAGUGCUAACCACUUCCAAUGGUUCAUUCAUGAUAUUGAUGUGGGUUUAAAGGGAUAGUUCUCCAAAAGCACGUGUUAAUGAUUUCCUUCAUAGAUAGGAAUCAUGUGAUCUUUACACCGGCAAAUGACUUGGCUAAGAUCACGCCAUGUCAAUAAAAUCCUCAUAACUGGUUUGUUUGUAAACAGACCCAUGACAGAAUAACGUUAUGGAAUUUGUAUUGAAACAAAACUUUGACAUGGACUGACAUUGAAAACUAGUGAUUUAAGGCACAGUACCUGUCACAGACAUGUUUUGUACCCACCAAUGUUUACUGCCAAAUAUAUUACUGUGCUAGUGGCUGACUUUGAUAAUAAAAUGUGCCAUGCAGCAACUAUACAUCUAGGGCCAUAUAACAAAAGAAAAGGGGCAGUAAAUGAAUACACUCUGUACUCUGACAGCAGCACAUGGAAUAAUAUCCUACUGUAUAUCCUUGCUCUCUCACUGAGGUCCACUGAGUCUUUGUAUGUACAGUAAUAGAUCUGGUGUGUAGUUUAGCCCUGUGUGGUGUGUAUGGUACCCGAUAUGCCUCUUGUAUUGCAAUGUGGGAUAAUUGGUUUAUGAAUGAUUUAUUACCAUUUAUAUCUGUUUACCCUCUAAUCUACUCUUGUAAACACAUUUUCAGCCAUUCCAUUUGGCAGUUACAAGAAUGAAUAUCCAAUAUGACCAAACUGUAACUCAUUCAUGAAUGUGUGCAAUAUUUCCUUUUGCGGGUAAAAUAAAGUUCAGUAUGCCAUAUACAGUAAGUAUUUGCAAAUAUCAUGCCAUGUUUUCUCUAAACAUUUGUAAGCUGGCUGCAUUUUCUUAAAAUAUAUAAUUCUCAGAACAUUUCUAGGAUGUUUUAAUAAUUUGAGGUCAUAUAUUUGGAUAAUUCAAAUUGUCAGAUACAUAUAUUUAAAUGUGUGGCUCUGCUUAAUUUUUAUCCAAUGUCUGAACGUUCUCUGUUUACUGGGUAGUUAGCGAUGAGCUUUUAUAAGCCAGAUAAUGUUUUGUACAUUCUAUGUACUCCUUUCUGCAGGGUUAAUCUUUAUCAACAAAGUUAGAAUGCCAAAAGAUGUUACAGUAGCUUUACAGAAGAUAAAUAAAAAAGUUGUAUUUUAUUGCAUUUCAUGUUUUUCUUUCUUCUUUUCUGUAGGUGCCCUUAGAUAUAUCAAAGCAAUGUCUGUCAGCAUUUUCUCCUUUUCCCCAAUCUAUUUCAUUAUGAUUUAGAGUGAAUCUUUCACAAAAUAAUACAUUUGAUUUUGUGGUGCACUCACAUUUUCUACUACCUUAAAUUGCAGCCCUGGUUUUACAGCAGUCUAGUAAAUGCUAUCCACACCCCAAAGGGAAAGUGUUUAUGUUCUUAAACAUGAGCAGACAAUGUUGAAGUAAGACUGUGACCCAUACCUGUAAAUCAAUAUCACUACCAAUGGGAAAUGGUUGAGAUCUGUAUGUGAAAAUAUUUAUAUUAAAGGUUGACUCUAAUGAAACUGAAAGAUCCACCCAAACAUAUUGUUUUCAUUUUUUGCAGGGUGCUAUAGAUAAGUGUCUUCCAAAUAGAUGAAAAUAAACAUGUAUAGUGUGUUAAUGACCAUUUGUAGCCAAGCAGUAAAACUGUCACAACUGUA